GCUUUCUUGUUUUGAGAGAGGAGAAGAGAAAUCAGAAAGCCGCAGCUCGGAAGCAAAGCAGGAGAGGAGAGGAUGGACGUCUUGUAUUAUCCGGUCGCUGUUCGCUGCCGCUGCCCACUCCUCCCCCACCGCCGCACGCCGACGACCCUCCUCCACCGCCGCCCCCUCCAGCUCCAGCUCCAACCACCCACGUCCUCAGCUCGACCACGGGGGCACCGGCGCCACGCCAUCGACCCGGACGACGACGACGGCUUCCUCACCCUCGACCUCGCCGACUUCCAGGAAGAAGACCCCGACGAAGACGAGGAGGGCUCGCCGUGGGAGGGCGCGCUGGUGUACCGCCGCGACGCCGCCGCGCUCCACCUGGAGUACGCCACCACGCUGGAGCGCCUGGGCCUCGCCGACCUCUCCUCCCCACACUCCCGGGCGCGCGCCGCCGCCAUGGGCAUCCUCCUCUCCGCCGGAGACCAGGACGGCACCACGCCCGUGCUCGUCUCCCUCGACGUCGCCCGCCGCCGGGGACGCCUCCGCCUCGAUGGCAUCGUCCGCACCGUCAUCACCCUCGGCUGCUACAGGUGUGCUGAGCCGGCUCCGGAAGCGGUAUUUGCGAAUUUCUCCCUCUUACUGAUGGAAGAUCCGGUAGAGGAGCCUGAUGUGGUUGACCUCGGCACCAUGUAUGAAGAAGACGAGACCAAAUCCUAUUCGUUUACAGGCAGCCAAGACGAAGACGAUGAGGACAUAGACUGGGAUGACCGCCUGCAUUUCCCGGCUGGCAACAAGGAGAUUGACAUCUCCAAGCACAUCCGGGACAUCAUCCACCUAGAGAUCACGCUGGAUGCCCUGUGCGACACGACUUGCAAAGGUUUUUGCCUCGCCUGUGGCGCGAACCUCAACACAAGCAGCUGUAGCUGCGGCACAGACAAGCCGCAGCAGGCCAAGGAUGCGAAACGGCCAGGAUCUCUCAAAGACAUGUUGAAGCCAAUGCAAAGAAGGUGAUGAUGAUGCAAGCGGCGCAUGGGGUUAUCUCAUAGGAUAAAAACGAACUUGGGAGUCCAGUGAAAAUGUAUUGUGUAACGAGAGAAGUGGUCGCAACACUCGCAUAAUUUGAAAUACUAACAGACCUGGUUUUUUGUUUCAGUUUAUCUGUGUUGUGUGCU